AUGGCUGGAAGAGGUGGAAGGAAUGAUGAUGUUAUUGCAGAGACUCUGGGCAUGAUUUCUGGUGUGCUAGGAGGGAAUGCCAAUGGAGCUGGGAUUGGUUCUAACAGGCAGUUGGGGGAAUUUCAGAGGAACAAUCCUCCGUUGUUCAAAGGCACUCACGAUCCUGAUGGUGCUCAAAAGUGGUUGAAGGAGAUCAAAAGGAUCUUCCGGGUGAUUUAUUGUGUAGAGAACCUAAAGGUGAGAGCUGAACUUGAUGCUGAUGGUGUAGCAAUCACUUGGGCUAAUUUCAGAAGAGAAUUUCUGAGGCGGUACUUUCCGGAAUAUGUUCGGGGAAGGAAAGAGAUUGAGUUUUUGGAGCUGAAACAAGGUAAUAUGACAGUGUCGGAGUAUGCUUCCAAAUUUGUUGAGCUGGCGAAGUACUACGCCCACUACAACAAUGACGAGGCGAGAAUUUUUUUGAAAUGUAUCAAAUUCGAUAAUGUCCUCCGCGACGAGAUUAAACAAGGUAUCAGGUAUAAAAGGAUUCGUCGUUUUGGUGAUUUAGUGGAUUGUAGCAGAAUUUUCGAAGAGGAUAACAUUAAGGUGAAGUCAGCCCACUCUCAUGAGUUGGUUGACAAGAGAGGUAAGAAGCCUAUGGACCGAGUUGGACAUUGCAGACAUGAGUGCAAGAUUAUAGAGAAGAAGUCUUUCAAGUGUGGUAAGACGGGACAUAUUUCAACUAAUUAUAGAGAGAAGACCGUGACUUGCUAUAACUGCGACGAAGAAGGUCACAUCUGUUCUCAGUGCAUUAAGCCAAGGAAGAAUCAGUUAGGUGGAAAAGUCUUUGAUUUGUUUGGGUCAGAGACUACUCCUGAAGAUCGAUUGAUUAAAUCUAUCAGUGUUGAGGAUUUGGCGAUGAGUGCUAGACAGGUAGACGAAGCGGUUAAAGAUAGGGUUGUUGUGUUUAUGAUGUUUGUAUCAAUAGAAGUGAAAGGAAAGGCGGAGAGUAGUGAAUUACCGCUAGUAUGUGAUUUUCCAGAAGUUUUUCUAGAAGAUGUGAGGGACUUGCCAACUAAGAGGGAAAUGGAGUUUGCUAUUGAAUUGAUUCCUGGAACUAGACUUGGUCUUAUUCUGGAAAGACUUGCUCUUGGUUCUGAGUAA